GAGCGCCGAGGGGAGCUACAACCGGCGGCGCAGUCUACUCUGGUUUCAGUGUUUGUGCUGCGCCGUGCCCAGGAUGUGGGUUCGUCUGUUGUACCGUGAUGUGUGCGGUGAAUGAAUGGCAGCAACGCUGAGCUGGAGAUACUUUGCUGUGGACUUUUUUUUUGGACUUUGACAGAGGAUAUGGAGGCUGGACAGUAAACUGCAGAACCUGAGCGCUGAAAGAUGCAGCACACCUCGUGCACAGAGGACCGGAUCCAGCACGCUCUGGACCGGUGUCUGGACGGGCUGAGGCAGAGUCCCACAGCGGCGCAGCACUGGAACGUGCUGAUGUGCUCAGCGGGUCAGUCGAUGAACCGCUGGAGCCUGGAGGAGCUGGUGAAGAGAGACCCCGAGAACUUCCUCAUCCUUCUGCAGCAGAUUAUCAGGAAAACCAAAGAGGUUCAGGAGCAGUGUCAGUACGAGCUGGUGGCCCCCCUCGCCAUCAUGUUCUCCUCCACGCUGCUGCAGACUCCGUACUGUCCUCCAGACACAGAGCUGCUGGAGGAAGCCAUCGAGGUGUUCUGCAGCUUCCUCACUUGGCCUGAGCCGUACUGCGGCGUGUGCAGGAAGCUCCUGUCCACGUUGCAGCUGGAGAUCAAGGCUCCAGGUAAACGUGGAGGAUAUGUUGUUUUAUUUUAACGACCUCUUCAUGUGUCUUUCCUCAGGUUUCUGUUGGUUAAGACUGUGCUGCUGAUGAACCCCGGUGAGGUUCCUGCAGACUUUCUCUCAGUGGCUGAGCAGCUCAGUCGCAUUCAGCACUCGCAGAAGGAGACCUACAUCACCCUGAUCAAGCACGCCUUCCAGUCCACAUUAGGCACCAAGUACCCUCUGCAAAGCAUCCACAGAGCCCUGCAGGCAAAAACUGUGGCUGAAUUGUCUGAGAUCUUCUCCAUGGUGAGUGAUGUCUUGGAGAAGGCUGCCGUCAUGAGUGACCCACUGAAGGGCAGAAGUCACGUCAUCCAGGAACUGGAGAGACUGAGGGAGAUGAUGAAAAUCCCUGCAUCCAACGGAAGGAAGUCUGACGGAAUGCUGCAGACGCUGCCGGUGCCCACAGCCAAAUGUUACAUGUUCCACUGGGAAACAGAUAACUUCGACAUCCUGAACUCCCUUAUGGAGCACGACCCCGAUGACCCGGCACCCGAUGGGCCGACUGUGGAAGACGAAGAGAACGACAUCAUCAUCCCGAGUUACUACAGCUACCGUGACUCCACCUUCUCCACCAUCUCGUCCCUGUCCACCACCUCCAAAGACUCCAUGUUCUCCACUCUGUCCGUAGCCUCCGAGUCUUACGCUCCCUCCCUCUACUCCGUCACCUCUGGGGUCGACAGCGACUACUCCGAAGAUUUCGACGACUACAUCUGCUCCUCUCCCGUUGCCGAGAAGUGUUCGCCGAAGUCGAGCAAAGUCCGACUCAGCCAGCACUUCUACCGGCUCUUCAUCAAACCCAAGAACCCUCGGUUACUUUACAGGGCCAAAAGCUUAGGAAACACCGAAUCACAAGACCUUCUAAUGGUGAGAGACAAGCGUUCCUACUCUUUACCCCAGCAGGUCAAGUUGCAUAGUCCUGAGCCCGUACUUCAGCUACAAAGCCAAACUCUCAGGCACGUCUGCUUCCGACGGAGGCCCAUCCUGAGCAGCGAUGAGGACAUUAAGAACACCACGCUGAGAGUGGUGGUGUUCGGUGCCGAUCAUGUGGCAGGGAAGGUGGCCCGAGCCUACAACAGCCUGAGGAGGAAGGAGUCGGCAUGUCCGCAACUCAGCAGGGCCUUCAAUCUUCAGUUCUACUUUGUGCCUGUGAAGAGGGACUCGGCAGCGGCAGCAGGAUCAGGAAGGAGGUCUUCUGGUCCUCUGGUUCUAAACGGAUCUCCGAAAAACUCAGCCUUGUCGAAUCAGGGCACAGGGGACAGCACUAACGACAUCGCACAUCUCCUCGGCAUGUUGGACCCUUGGUACGAAAGAAACACCCUCAGCCUGCUUAACCUGCCUGCCAACGUCGUCUGCCAGCAAACCUCGAAAACAGAAUCGGAGUCCUACGACGGUUCGUACGAGCAGCGUCUGCCCAUCCUGGCUGACCUGGUCUUGUACUACUGCCGCUAUGCUGACCGACCAGCCCUAAUCCAGCUCUAUCAGGCUGAGCUGACGUUAGCUUGCGGCGAGAGGAGGACCGAGGUGUUCGUCCACUCCUUGGAGCUGGGUCACACUGCGGGAACGCGAGCCAUCAAGGCCAUGGGUGCUGCCAGUAAGCGGUUCGGUAUCGAUGGCGACCGAGAAGCGGUGCCUCUGACGUUAGAAGUGGUGUACAACAGGGUGGUGAUUAGUGGGAGAAGCCAGUGGAAAAGAGAAACCAAAGUCUGCACUUCAGUCAACUUAAUCAAAGCGUGCAAGAAUCCUGAGGAGCUCGAUUCAAAGAUGGAGUGCCUGCAGCUCACCAUGACUGAAGUCCUGAAGAGACAGAACGGCAAAAGCAAGAAGGGCUACAAUCAGCAGCUGACCACGACCGAGGUGAAGGUGGACAAGGUGCAGGUCAGCGGUGAUGGAAACACAACGUUUGCUGUGUGCCUGGACCAGGACGAGAAGAAAAUACUACAGGGUGUCACCAGGUGUGAAAUAUCAGUGUGCUAUAAGCCGGACAACUCCACCGACUGGAAGCUGAGAAAAUUCCAGGCCUCGGCUCAAAUCCAGCCUCUCCACCCGACCUUUUGCUCCCUCCUCUGCCUGCCCAUCGUCACUUUCAGCGGGGCUCUACCUUGAGACCGCCGGCCGGCGCUUCGCAUGGACCGAAAGGAAAGAUUCUCUGCAUUGUUAUUCAAAUGCGGUGAAUAACACACUGACUACAGAGGAAAAACACACAAGACGUUUUUAUUUUUUCUGCCUGUUGUCUUGAAGCAGCGGGUUGCAACUUCUGGAAACAGAAGGGACAAAUGUCAAAACUCCAGACUUCUGUGAUAAUGUGUGAAUAUUAACCAAAAAAACCAGGACUGACAAAACAGCUGUCACGGUGCUGUGUCUAGUUUCCUCCAUACAAAGCAAUCGUCCACUGUAAUUAAGGGAACUGUUCAAGUUUCAUUCUUCAAGUUUCAGUUCCUCUCUUUGUGUGAGCAACGAUUAUUGACUUCACCUACAGGAGGAUGCAAGUUGGUCAAACAGGGUGAAUCUACAGCAGCUGAGGUGAAAUCGCCCCCAGACUGGAUAAGCCAGAGAGAAAGAAUGUGUAAAUUGUGUUUAUAUUAGAGCAAAGGUUUAUCAGUUUUUCUAUGUAUCAGCCUACAUGGACACUGUACUAUAUGUAAAGGCUCCGUUAGGGAGGAAUAUCAGAUUACGUGACAAUAUCUGAGAAUGCACACUAUGCUUUUAUAUAAUAUGUAAAUGUUCUCCUUGUAAAAUAUUGUAUUGCGUACUAUAACUUGAACAUGACACCUUAUAUUUUUUUUGGUCUGUUGUACAUAUUGGUCGUAACAUUUCUCCUACGGAGCUAAACUGAAAUCACUGUUUUAACUGGAAUUAUAAUUCUGACCAGCAGGGGGCUCUGUAGACUUUUCAUUUGACUUGAAGUAAAGAAAGUCCAGACUUGGUGACACUUAACAGUGUCAUUGUAAUUACUGUACUAUAUAUUAUGGAUAAGAAAUAUAUAUAUAUUCUAACUUUACAAAUUGAUAAUCUUCAUUUUUAUCAAAAACACAGAUUUAAAAAAAAUAUGGUGCUUAAAAAAAAACAUCUAGAAGUACAUUACUUGUACAAAAAAAUUGCACUUUUUACAAUGUAAACUAUGAUAUUAAAAACCUUUGUGUUUUUUUUGCUGUAAAGGGAUAAUAUCCUUACCACUUGACUGAAAUUGAAAUUGUAGCAUUGCAUGAAAAUACUGUUUUACUGAAUGGAAGCACUUGAAUACAAUUCAGUAAAACAACAAUUAAAUGAAAGAUUAAAUUAGGUACUUUUCUGUUCAGAUAAAUGCCUGACAUCAAUGCCCCCUCCCCCCUACGUGCCUCUUCUAAUGGAUGGAAAAUGUGUUUUUUUGUUGUUGUUGUUGUUUUAAAAAUCAUGUAUCACCUUUUCAACUGAUGCAUCUCAAAAUCAACCUUCAUUAAAACAUGUCUUUAAUUUAAUUUGA